GGUGGACGCUUGAGCUGGUGUGGGCCAUUGGCAAGAGGCGACGCCCAUUAUUGGGGUGGAAGGGUAGCGAUAUACGGCUUCAAAGGAGGUACGUGGUCGCGUUCGCCACAUAUGCACGCCGCUGACAUGGACGAUGUUCAGUCGCCAGCAGGGCCUUCAAUCGCAAGGCUUCUUGCUUCCUACAUCCACUGCUCGUACUCACUGUGCUUAUCCAGAUCAGUCCCUACCCCUUCCAUGGACGAGCACCCCAGGGCUGGCCCCCAUCGUCAUCAGCGGUCGGGAGAAGGUCAGGCCCUCGUCACUCGUACCCUCACAAGUACUCACACCCGCCAUCAGACCACAGACCAGAGAUGUUCUCUCAGACCAUUGUGCCUCUGUGCGAGCAUGUCCAUCUACCGCACAAUCAGCUGUAUACAUGCAAGCGUCCAAGCGCUAAUGGUAGAGUACAAGGUCCACACCUGUAAAGCUAAUAUCAGUAACGACGAAUGUA